GUUUUGAACAGACAUCAGAUGACGCAUCGUCCCGUAAAAAGACGUGAAUAAAUGUUGAAUUUGUUCUUGAUUUAGGCGUAAUUAGUGUUUUUUCUUGUGAUUGGUGUGGUUUUUAUAGCAUUUAGUAGAUUUUAGGACACCACAAUGAGUUUUCUAGGCAAGAUUUUCGGUGGGAAAAAAGAAGAAAAGGGUCCAUCGACUCAUGAUGCAAUACAGAAAUUACGUGAAACUGAGGAGUUAUUGCUAAAGAAACAAGAGUUUUUGGAGAAGAAAAUCGAUUUAGAAAUUCAGACUGCAAAGAAAAAUGGCACUAAGAAUAAGAGAGCCGCUAUCGCAGCCCUGAAACGCAAGAAGCGAUAUGAAAAGCAACUGACCCAAAUUGACGGCACGCUCACGCAGAUCGACGCACAGAGGGAAGCCCUGGAGGGAGCCAACACCAACGCUCAAGUACUCAAUACCAUGCGCGAAGCUGCCAAAGCGAUGAAACUUGCGCACAAGGAUAUCGACGUAGACAAGGUGCACGACAUAAUGGACGACAUAGCGGAGCAGCACGACAUAUCCCGCGAGAUCACGGACGCCAUCUCCAACAACGUGGCCUUCCCCAACGACAUCGACGAAGACGAGCUCGAGAAGGAGCUCGAGGAACUCGAACAGGAGGACCUGGACAAGGAGAUGCUUGGCAUCAACGUGCCGACAGACAAGCUGCCGGACGUGCCCUCCGGCGAGCUGGUGCACGACAAGCCCAAGCCCAGCAAGUCCAAAGCUAACGAUGACGAUGAAGAGUUCGCCAAGUUGGAGUCGUGGGCCACAUAGGCACCCACAGAAUAUAAGUUGUAUGUUUGUGAUAUUUUACAAGUUAGAUUGCCCCGUUCGUAUUUUGCCCAAGGAACAGCAAAAAGAGGAGUUUGCGUAUGAUUUCAACCACACACAGAGUUUUAGUGACAUCGUAACGAAAACUUUAAGGAGUGAUUCGGACCAUGAUUCUGAGUUGAUAUCAAGUGGAAUUUUUCGUCGCAGAGAUAUGGAACUGAAAAUAAUAAAAAAAAAAAUCCACUUGAUAUGAACGUCAUCAAAAAUCAUGAGAAUCAUGAGCUGAAUCAUCCCCCUCAGUAUUCCGUACGGUGUCACUAACACCCUAUAUAGUCAUAUAAGAACAAAUCCCCCAAAAAACGAAAUUCCCUAGCGUUAUCCCGUUUUUACAGGGUCCGCUUACCUAACCUGAAGAUAUAACAGGUCUGGUAUUUUACAGAAACGACUGCCAGUGUGACCUUCCGACUCACAGGGAAAACCAGCCCAAUAUAGAUUAGGUCACACACCUCCGAAACAAAAAAGCAAAAGCGAAAAAAAAAACGUAGCAUGGAGAGUAUUUUAGACUGGAAUGGAAAAUGCUACACCGACAAAAGCGUGGCUCUUAAAUUGACGAUAAUGAUCUCCGAAACGCAUUUCUCGGGAAUGUGAGUUUCGUCAGAAUGUUUUUCGUCACCGCUGAGCAAAGUGAUAAUAAUUUAUAUAUGAUCUAAACGCGAAUUCGAAAACAAUUUCGAAAAUCGUUGGUUGGAAACGGGAACUCCUCUUUGAUAUUGCGCCGUGUUUAUGAUACACUAAACAUACAGACAAAAAUAGCACAAAAUAUGCAGACCGGCAAAAAAGAGUAAAAAGUGAAUUUGUUUUUGGCUCUGGCAAUAUUUCUUGCAGCUUUUUCUUAUUGGUCAGACUUUGGUUGUGAAUUCAAUAAACUGUGCGACAUAAAACUAGUGUUGCUAUAAAAACAAUAUAAUUUAAUUUCUACUCUUUUAUGCUUAAUUAUUUUGAGGUAAAUAGGUUAUUUCGUAUAGAAAUAUUAUUGCAAAAAUGCUCUGAAUAAAAAUAAAUGCAGAAAAAAUAUCAGAUCUAAAUCGGACGGGGCAUGUGUAAAGAAUUGUUUUUUGUGUGAAGGUUUAAAAAUAUCUCACAGAUCUGUCGUAGGAAUUAUACAUUAUAAUUACGCAGGGUAACACCACCUUUUAAUAACAUUUUAGUAAGUAUAGCUAACUAUUCUAUAACUACACAAUUCUAUAAUUCGGCCAAUGGCAGACGUUGAAUAUGACGUAACAAUUUAUGUGCAAUCUUCCUGAUUGGGCCGUUGGCAUUAUGUCGUGAUAAAUAAAGCUUCUGAUUGGUCCGUUGUUGUACGACGUGAUAAGGUAUGUAAGUGAUUGGUCCAUUAAACUUUCACACAAAAUGUUUGUAUAAAUAUGUAUGUAACGGUUUCAACGGUAGUUUUCGCUUGUACCUCGAGAAAAUAAUCUGCCUUAAUAAUGUUCAUAUUUAUAGUCCAAAUAUUGAUAGAUAUGAAGUUGGCGGCAAGACUUAUGUAUGUACAUUUUCUGUUUUGUAAAAUAUAUUUUUUUAAUUAUGCUAAAAUGGGGAUAUGUAUGUUACUAUGAAAAAUUGUACGAUAUUGAAUCAUUUGCCUUCGUUUUAAAUAAAAACUACGUAGAAAAUAUAGUUCGGCUCACGAAAGAAGUCCACGGAUUUUACUGGAACAAAUUGACGAGUUAUAAUAAUUCUAUGUAGAAUUCGCGACACUAGCGCCGCAGGCGACGGGACUUGUUUCGUGACGCGGACUAUAUUUUAAACCUGGUGUUAUAAUUUGUCUUUGUUUUGUAAAAAGACAGAUAAGUACUUUUUAUUUUUUUUAGGUUUAAAGUCAUCUCUCAAUUUGUACACUAAAAAAAAUAUCAUCAUGCUAUCAGUAACUUACAUUAAAGUGCUAUAGAAAUCUUUUAUUUUUAUUAAAUUUUUAUUUUUUGUUCUCAUUUUUUCAUAGGAAAUGUUAAGGGUUGCACUUAAUGAUAAUUAAUUAGGGAUUCGGAUAAUUUAGACAACAUUCUAGAUCAACUUUUUUGGUCUAAAAUUUUGUCUAAAUCGGCGAUUCAGAAACAGUUAUUUUAAUAGCUACUGCGUUAGAAAUUAAUAAAAAACGUACAUUUUUUAAGCUGUAACAUUAAAUUGUGCAUAUGUUUCAAUAAUUAUAUUUUAUUCAUAAGAUA